GAUCAUAUCCUCCAACAGAAAUCGACUCUAUUCAAGUCUGUUUUCCACUGACAGGUAUUCGUCAGGACGUUAAAUGUUUUCAUUCCGUCCUAUCAACAAGUGUACGGAUGGGCCUAAUGAAUCUGUGGUCGAUUCACUCGCCCUUUCAAGCGAAGAGAGUGGUAUUAUGGAAUGCUCUGUCACUUUGGAAUCUAGCAGAUUGGAACUGGAACCCUUCACGCACGGUCGUGCCUCUAUAGGGGUUUCUCAGACGUCAGCACAAUCUUCUUUAUCCUCCUCGCUACUUGAUCUUUUAAAGCCUCUUAAGAAAAACUAUACUCGAGAAUCAGAAGAGGUGAGGAUCAUAAAGCUUUACAAGCAUGCUCUUCGCUUGUGCUCAUCAGGUGGCGCUGAAGAUAGAUUGGCUGCCAAACCUUUGCUUGAAAGUAUUGUCGGGAGCCCUCUUCUUAAAUCCGAUAAUUUGCCCGCACAGCUUAGUUCAAUGAAAUUUGCCACCUGUAAACUUCUGGGCGAUGUGUAUAUACGAACCGGACAUCACCAAAGGGGCUUGGAACUUUUUAUCAAGGCCGCUCGGAUGGAUGAGAACGACAUGUGCUUGUUGUUGCGUCUUUUUCGUGCGGCAUCCCAUUCCGGUGCGUUCCACAUUGCGGAUGGUGCACUGAGCCAUCUACUCGCACAACGCCCUUGCCAUCCGAUCGCGCUUCCGCUAGCGCUGCCCUUCUAUUUGGCCUUAUCGGAAUUCGAAUAUUGUUUGGAGCUUGCAGUACGUGCAUUACAUGCGGAUCCCCUGGACGAAAGAGCCAUUUUCUGCAUACAAUACAUAAACAAAUUUCAGCCCAGUCUAAUGUACUUUUUGGAAGAUAUUUUGAAACACAGGCCAAAUCUCUUGUCAGAAUCCAUUACACAGAAGGUACUUGACCAGAUGAAUAAUGAAGUCAAAGAAGUGCGGACUAUUUAUCGCAAAAAGCUAGACUCUCAUGCCGACAAACGAAAAGUUCCUUCUGUUGGCUUCCCCUCGCCUCUUUCUCCCUUGAGUUGGAGCACUCUUCUGGAUUCCACUGUCAAGAUGUAUGACCGCUUGGAUAUGGAAUCGAUUUUAUCGAAUCCAACGCACUAUCUAUUUAUUCCACUUUUUUCUGCAAGGGACCCUCGAGCAUCGGAGGACGAAUAUUUUCUCUCUCCCACGACGAUUUCAUCGCUCAUGGAAACACUCUCCUUAUACCCCCUGGACUCCCCCGGUUACCUCAGAGUUCAUGCACAUUUUCUAUGGAUCAAUUACCUUCUGUGCUCACUGAGAAAUGACUAUUCGGAAAUGCGGAUUUACGCUUCUCUGCUCGAGGAUCAUUUAUCCACACACAGCAUAAUUGUCGAGCGCAAUUAUAGCGUUUAUCAUGGGCACUUAACCGCAGCGUACAUGCGCGUUUUGCUCGAACAGCUUGAUGUUGUCUCGGAGUUUGAGAGUUUGACCGAGCUCUCUACCCAGGGGCGACAUUUAGAAGUUGUGACGAAGGUCUGUGAUACGCUGAGAAAACAACGGUUCUCUGAACGGAACGCUAGCGAUGAGGGGCCGAAAACAGUCAGUAACUAUGUGCGGCAAACGGAUCGAUUGUCUCUACUUCGAUGUUCCCUAAGAAAUCUGAUAUGCACUAUGUCUAACAACCCACCGGACACUGACAAUCAACCAAGUGACGUAGCCGAGCAUUGGGCUGUGUGCUAUCGCGCUUGCGGCUUCCUCCUGGAGGGCACGUGCACAUUAUUUUUGCGGAAUGAGCCAGUAAGCACCCGCAACUCGGAUCCAAUUCAGAUGGAGCACCCUCGUGAUCUACUCUCCUCCAUUGCUGUGGAUGCCUUGCAAAUGCUCCCCAUUUGUUGGCACGCACUGUGCGACGAUCCUGCCUACGUCACAUGCUACACCACGCCUGCUGAUCUCGACACAUUAGUCCCGUCAGAGGUCGCUCGUCUCCCUCUACAGAUUGACGUAUGCGAUGAACCCGAUAAUGGAAUUGAGUUGUCUUCUCCCAACGAAGCGAACGCCUCAAAGACCGUCCUUCGAGUUGGCGAUGCCUGCUAUUCAGUCUCGGUCAUUUUAAACUUCUUGGCUAUGCGCCUGAAGUACAGCUUGGAUCCAUCGGAAAGCUUCAGUCUGUCACAUUCAUUGGUAUCUCUUGUAUUCGAGCACCUCGUAUGUAUCGAACAAAGUGUUCCUGCAACCAUUUUGCCCAUGGAGCUACAAGUGACCAUGUGUGACACCGCCUUCGACGCAUUACCCGUGGUUUCGAAGCUCAAUUUCAAAUGUGGCUCUUACCCCACCUCUCCAAGUCUACUCUGGCUGCAUUUGGUGCACGAGUUGUGGAGCGUAUCACCAAGAGGCUCUUUGCCCCCAUGUGGUUGCCGAGAACGCCCAGAUGUUUUAGCUCUUUUGAAACAGAUAUUACUGAGAACCUCUAACCUGCUGAAUACGGUUGGGUCUAGUUGGGUUCCAACGGACCCAGAGUUGUCGGAGCUACGUAACUUGGAUUCAUCGGGGGUUCAGAGCGAUCACGAGACAACCAGCUCUCUCAGCGAUAGUGAUCAACAGACUAGCUGUGAUGACGAAACGGUAGCUUGUGUCGAUGAAUUACAGCAUAGGACGGUCGGUUUUUGGCCGGAGAAUUCCCCGUCUUUGGCUAUCAUCUUGGCGCAUGCUAUCGAUUGCCUCUUGCCAACGGGCCUCCUUCGAGACACGACGGUUGAUGGCCUAAGUGAUGAUUUGGAUGCUUUAGAAAAGUGGUCAAAAGUUAUUCGCGAGUCUAAGUCUACCCUUUUUCCGAAAGCGAGUCCCCUAUGGCUAAGGUUACGGCCCUCAUGUACAGAUCUGCUUUCGUUUUCGCCCCCAUGGAUGAGGAGAGUGAUGAUACUACUCAAUCAGUCUCUUCCCGGCAGCCACUGCAAACAACGUUCCAAUCUUGCCUCUCCUGCUUGGUGGAUCCAAGGACCAGCAACCGAGACGUUGAGAAAAUCUUCGUCCCUGGAUUGGGAGUGCAUGAGUAUUCUCGUCCACUUCUGCUGCCCUGGAUCUCUUCCGGAGUACGAUAGCGUAAAAACUCUAUCCAUUUCCGUUGACCUUCUCAACCUACUUGUCGAAACCACAAAAUUGUUACCGGCUGAUGAGGAGGCAUUAUUUUUGCCUACUACCGAUGUGGAAGCCUUGUUACAGUCCAAACCUACUGAUACCUUAAAGUUACCGAGGAAUAUUGUCGGUGUAAGCCCUCUUUCACAACUCAUCUACUAUCUAAUCGCCGAUCACUUCAUGAAGAACAAUAGUUUUGAGUAA